CUCUCCAUUCGCUAGCCGCCGUGCUCCAGGUCCCCACGGCUGCGAAGUGAUCUGGUGCGGGGGGAGCAGGAACGCGCAGGCGAGCGAACGAGCGAGAGGGCGAGCGAGAGCGCCGGGAGGCAGAGGGAGUAGUGACCGCCUUCCGGAGCCGGGAUUCAUGCCUGUCCUCGGGACCAGCGAAGGGGACUUGAGGGCUGAGUAUGAGCCAGGCUGCUAGAAGCCAGGUACCCCCACGCCUGCAGUCCCCGCGCCGUUCCCGGUAUGCGAGCUGGACGCAGGGCUCUCCCAAGUUCCCACCGAGCCGAAUAAAAAGCGUCCGCCCGCAGCUCUCCGCCAAAGACGGACAUUGACUCCAGACUCCACAGAAUGGAGCAAGAAUGAGAGGAAAAAGGCCGGCAGAAAAGCAUGAACUGGAGGUUUGUUGAGCUCCUGUACUUCCUGUUUGUAUGGGGCCGUAUCUCAGUGCAGCCCUCCCACCAGGAACCAGCUGGGACAGACCAACAUGUCUCCAAGGAAUUUGAUUGGCUUAUUUCAGACAGGGGGCCUUUCCACCACUCCAGGAGCUACCUAUCCUUUGUGGAAAGACACCGUCAAGGAUUUACAACCAGAUAUAAAAUAUACAGGGAGUUUGCCCGUUGGAAGGUGAGGAACACAGCCAUCGAGAGGAGAGACUUGGUCCGUCAUCCAGUGCCCCUCAUGCCAGAGUUUCAAAGGAGCAUCCGUCUGCUUGGCAGGAGACCCACCACUCAGCAGUUCAUCGAUACCAUCAUCAAAAAGUACGGCACCCACCUCCUCAUCUCUGCUACCUUGGGAGGGGAGGAAGCCUUGACCAUGUACAUGGACAAAAGCCACCUGGACAGGAAGUCAGGGAACGCCACUCAAAGCGUCGAAGCUCUGCACCAGCUCGCGUCAUCUUACUUUGUCGACCGCGAUGGCACCAUGAGGAGACUCCACGAGAUCCAGAUAUCAACUGGGGCAAUCAAGGUCACAGAGACACGCACUGGGCCUCUGGGCUGUAAUAGCUAUGACAAUCUGGACUCUGUGAGUUCCGUCCUUCUGCAAAGCACGGAGAGCAAACUGCACCUUCAAGGUCUUCAGAUCAUCUUCCCUCAGUAUCUGCAAGAGAAGUUUGUCCAGUCAGCCUUGAGCUACAUCAUGUGCAACGGUGAGGGGGAGUACGUGUGCCAGAACAGCCAGUGCAGGUGUCAGUGUGCCGAGGAGUUCCCGCAGUGCAACUGCCCCAUCACCGACAUCCAGAUCAUGGAGUACACGCUGGCCAACAUGGCCAAGUCUUGGGCCGAAGCAUAUAAGGACCUGGAGAAUUCAGAUGAGUUUAAAUCCUUUAUGAAGCGUCUCCCCAGCAACCACUUCCUGACCAUCGGGAGCAUCCAUCAGCACUGGGGCAAUGACUGGGACCUGCAGAACCGCUACAAGCUCCUGCAGAGUGCCACCGAGGCCCAGAGGCAAAAGAUCCAGCGCACUGCCCGCAAGCUCUUUGGCCUCAGUGUCCGCUGCCGCCACAAUCCCAACCACCAGCUGCCUAGAGAGAGAACGAUUCAGCAGUGGCUUGCAAGGGUCCAGUCCCUUCUCUACUGCAAUGAGAAUGGUUUUUGGGGCACCUUCCUGGAAAGCCAGCGGAGCUGCGUGUGCCACGGUAGCACCACACUGUGCCAGCGGCCCAUCCCCUGCAUCAUCGGCGGGAACAACAGCUGUGCCAUGUGCAGCCUGGCCAACAUCUCACUCUGCGGCUCCUGCAACAAGGGCUACAAGCUGUAUCGAGGCCGCUGCGAACCACAGAAUGUGGACUCGGAGCGGAGUGAGCAGUUCAUCAGCUUUGAGACCGACCUGGACUUCCAGGACCUGGAGCUGAAGUACCUGCUGCAGAAGAUGGACUCGCGCCUCUAUGUGCACACCACCUUCAUCAGCAACGAGAUCCGCCUGGACACAUUCUUUGACCCCCGGUGGCGCAAGCGCAUGUCCCUCACUCUCAAGAGCAACAAGAACCGCAUGGACUUCAUCCACAUGGUGAUCGGCAUGUCCAUGCGCAUCUGCCAAAUGCGCAACAGCAGCCUGGACCCCAUGUUCUUUGUCUAUGUCAACCCCUUCAGCGGGAGUCACUCAGAGGGCUGGAACAUGCCCUUUGGGGAAUUUGGCUACCCGCGUUGGGAGAAGAUUCGUCUCCAAAACAGCCAGUGCUACAACUGGACUCUCUUGCUGGGCAAUCGGUGGAAAACAUUUUUCGAGACGGUCCACAUCUACCUACGUAGUCGGACUCGGCUACCUACCCUACUGCGUAAUGAGACUGGCCAGGGCCCCGUGGACCUGUCCGACCCCUCCAAGAGGCAGUUCUACAUCAAAAUCUCGGACGUGCAGGUGUUCGGGUACAGCCUGAGGUUCAACGCUGACCUCCUUCGCAGCGCGGUGCAGCAGGUCAACCAGUCCUACACACAAGGCGGCCAGUUCUACUCCUCCUCGUCGGUGAUGCUCCUCUUGUUAGAUAUUCGGGACCGAAUCAAUCGCCUCGCCCCUCCCGUGGCCCCGGGGAAACCCCAACUGGACUUAUUCUCCUGUAUGCUGAAACACCGCCUGAAACUGACCAACAGCGAGAUCAUCCGGGUGAACCACGCCUUGGACCUCUACAACACCGAGAUCCUCAAACAGUCGGACCAGAUGACAGCCAAACUCUGUUAGCCUGGGACUCUUUGCCACGGACUUUCCCUUUUGUUGUACAAACAUAACAGAACAAAAGAAAGCAACACAAAACAAACAUAAAUUUGUAAAAUGUAAUUAAUAUUCAAAGCAAAGGAGGAAAAUCUUCAUUCGUUGGAAACAAAAAAUGUUCUAGCAACUGUAUAAAAACCGUUGGGCAUGUUUGUUAUUUCUAUACUCUGUCAUGAAGAAGGGUCUCAGCCUUUUGAGGAGCUUGGGGGGAGUUGCUUCUUAGGCCUCAGGUGCUGUGUGGAGGGGGGAGUAGGGGGGAGAGCAUAUGCAAUGAAUUGUAAAGAUCUCUGCUGUGCAGGUGCUAAGAUUAAACACUAAAAAGAAAGAGAGAUAUAUGUAAUGUACAACCGACACUGCCAUUUUUCCUUGUGGGAGGAAAUGGACAUAGAUAAAGAAGAUAUUUCUUCGGUUAUGAUUUCUUCCCUCUUUAUGCUUAAUUUCUUGUGGUUGGUUUGUCUUAUUCUCACACAUGGGUGGGGAUGUGGGCAUAUUGCCUUCUUACCACAGAGCUUUCUUUAUUCCGAAUAAGCUGAAAGUAGAGGGGCUGGGGUAGUGAGAUGGUGCAAUUACUAUAUGUAGCUGAUGGGGUCCUGGUGGUCCUAAUAAGCCUGACUUCAGGGCCUGCCAGUGUUAUUCACAUUGCAGUUUUGUUUCUUCUGCAGGUCCUUAAUAGGUAUUCAAUAGCUAUGGUUUCUUCUGUAGCUCCUUAAUAGGCAUUCAGUAGGUAUGCUGAACCACAGCAAGGUGGGGGCUCCUGGGUAGCGUAGGGGGCCAAGCCCUCAGUGUCAGCACUGCCAUGGCCUGAGUUUGAGCCCUGACCAGGGAGCCCAAAGCCGGACAUGGAGGAGGCCCCCGCGUCUCCCCAUGGAGGGGGAGAGGAGACCCAAGUUCGAGACCCGGCCAGGGAGCCAAAGCCAGACAAGGGGGAAGACUCCCCCGUCUCCUUAUGCAGGGGGAGAGGGGGAGAUCCCCAUGAAACUGAAACAAGAGCCUUAUUGUUUACACAUUAUAAGCUCUUUAAUAUAAAACAAAAAACACGAGUUGGGAAAGGUGAAAUAAUGCGCAUAUUAUAGUAACAGGAAAAGAAGGAACAAGUUUUGGGAUCAUUUGGAACUGAACCUGCAAACCAUCACCUGUGAACUAUCAUGGAAGAAAACUUGUAGAAAACAUUUUCCAGAAAGUUUCAAGACUGACCCUCUCUAAAAAGGAGACUCUCACAUGACCAAAUCUGACUCAGGCAGCACUCACAAUGGCCACUUUGGUGUUUUCCCUUCCAACUAAACUGCCAAAAUAAAAAGUAUUUUCCAGUUUUAGCUUUUUUUCUCCCUUUUCACUCAGAACCCUUUUUCUCGUCUUUCCCCCAAAACAUGUGGUAGCAGACUUCCUAGAAAUGUUUUGCAUAUGGAAGUUUCAGUUUGGAUAAAAAUCAAUAAAACAAAACAAAAUAAAAUAAAACAA